ACCGCGGUACCUGAAGAAGCAACAUUACUGGUUGAUGAGACCGUGGUACCCGAAGAAGCAACAUUACUGGUUGAUGAGACCGUGGUACUUGAAGAAGCAACAUUACUGGUUGAUGAGACCGUGGUACCGGAAGAAACAACAUUACUGGUUGAUAAGACCGUGGUACCUGAAAAAACAACAUUACUGGUUGAUGAGACCGUGGUACCUGAAGAAACAACAUUACUGGUUGAUGAGACCGUGUUACCUGAAGAAGCAACAUUACUGGUUGAUGAGACCGUGGUACCUGAAAAAACAACAUUACUGGUUGAUGAGACCGUGGUACCUGAAGAAACAAGAUUACUGGUUGAUGAGACGGUGUUACCUGAAGAAUAA